UUGACAGGCGCUGAUGAAACUGAUGACACAUGAAAGUCACCGGUAAAACAAUCGGGCCGUAGGAGUUUUAGUUUUCGAGACAGCCAAACAGAAACAUGUAUUAAACAUGCUGAAGGUAUAUUAUAUGCUUUUACGGUAUAUCAGUGGUUAUUAAAACGAUAUCCCUUUGUUACGGUGCUAGCCUUAUAACCGUUAACGGUACACAAUCAGUUAUAGACCUCAAAAUACAGGCUGCUUGGUCUCUGUGAAAGCUUUUCCACCAUCCUCGUCAUUUUAAACCAUAAAUGGCAAGGAGCCUUGGUCGAAUAUGCAAGGGCUUUCAAUGCCUCGGCUCACUCUCGUCUAUACAGACUCAACUCAGACAACCAUCUACCAGCGUUUCAGUCAGGGGGACCACCUUUGUACGGACCAUGGUGCAGGCGCUGCCAUCGCUCUUUUCCUCCAAGCCCCGGGACUUCAGCCUGCCUAACUCCUCAUGGGGCUCGGAAAUGAUGCGGUUGUACGAGCAUUAUAACAGUCAGUGUGAGGUGGAGACGGAGGGAGGAGAGAAACAGGAAGGGCCAUGGCGGAGACUGCCAAGCUACAAUCGCCUCCUCAAGUAUGCUACAGGUGGAGUGUAUCUUAGUAAGAUAAUCCAGUCAAAAGCUCGUCUUUUUACCCGGAACAUCAGAGACCCGGGGGCAGCAUUUGAGUAUGUUUUGUUUGUUAACAGUGAGGAGCAGAAGUGUGCGUGUGUUUUCCAGGCUGGACACCUUCUGGAGGGGCCACCAGGACAUGUCCACGGGGGGGCAAUAGCCACUAUGAUUGAUACUGUGACAGGGACUCAUGCAACUAUACUCUCUGGACCCGUAAUGACUGCCAACCUUAACAUCAACUAUCGCAGCCCCAUCCCACUGGGAAGCACAGUGUUGCUUGAAUCCUUUCUGGAUAAGAAGGAAGGCAGAAAAACGUUUAUUUCAUGUAAAGUGACCAGCAGCAAUGGCUCCAAACUGCACACAGAAACCACAGCACUGUUCCUGUCAAUCAAUUUCAGCCACCUACUACUGGGAGAGUGACACAAGCACUGUCAGCAAGCUGAGGCCACAACGUGUGUGUGUGUGUGUGUGUGUGUGUGUGUGUGUG